UCAAACAGGAAGUUGCUUUUCUCUCCUGUACAGCUUGAUGACAGCUAGCUUGACUGCACCCCUCCCGUCCCCCUCAGUCGUUUGUGGAAUGGGAGAGAUCCUUCUCCAGACUCUUUAAUCUGGUCUCACGGCAACAAACACGACCUUUUUUGUAGGGGUUCGAUCCGUCGCCCUUUGCCUCAUCUCUCAUUUUUUUUCAUUUCUGAGGACGUCGUGUCAUUUCUUCACCAGAACGCCUGGAACCGGAACCGAGCGGGAGCUUCUGUUUUUCGGUCUACUUCUGUAGGCGGAUACAGCGGAGGAGGGCAUCCGGGCCUGGCAGCUCCGGAGAGUCCGCUUGAAACCACGGACUUCACCGUUUACAGGCCGCACACCGCCCCGCCAUGGAGAAAAUGAAGAGGAUUAAGAAGCGUCUGUCGUUAACGCUCCGCUCAAGUCAGACCAUCGACGAAUCUCUCUCCGAGCUAGCCGAGCAGAUGACCAUAGAGGACGGCGGCACCAAGGACAACGAGCCCUUCAUGAGAAAUGGCCGCCCACCCACCUCCCACAGCAUGCACUCCUUCUUGCACCAGUACACGGGCUCCUUCAAGAAGCCGCCGCUCCGCCGGCCGCACAGCGUCAUCGGUGGCACCCUGGGCUCCUUCAUGUCCAUACCGCGCAACGGCAGUCGCUUGGACAUUGUGCACGAGAACCUUAAGAUGGGUUCCGACGGCGAGAGCGACCAAGCAUCGGGGACGUCGUCGGACGAGGUCCAGUCGCCGACAGGCGUCUGUCUGAGGAACCGAGUCCACCGGAGAAUCUCCAUGGAGGACCUCAACAAACGCCUGUCGCUGCCCGCUGACAUUCGAAUUCCCGACGGCUACUUGGAGAAACUGCAGCUCACCAGCCCGCCCUUCGACCAGCCGCUCAGCCGUCGCUCGCGCCGAGCCUCGCUGUCGGAGAUUGGUUUUGGCAAAUUGGAGACCUACAUCAAGCUGGACAAACUGGGCGAGGGAACGUAUGCCACCGUUUUCAAAGGACGCAGCAAGCUGACCGACAACCUCGUGGCCCUCAAGGAGAUCCGGUUGGAGCAUGAGGAGGGAGCGCCGUGCACAGCCAUUCGAGAAGUGUCGCUACUGAAAGACCUGAAACACGCCAACAUCGUGACCCUCCACGACAUCGUCCACACCGACAAGAGCCUCACGCUGGUGUUUGAGUACCUGGAUAAAGAUUUGAAGCAGUACAUGGAUGACUGUGGAAAUAUCAUGAGCAUGCACAACGUGAAGGUCUUCUUGUUCCAGAUUUUGCGCGGGCUGUCGUACUGCCACAAGAGGAAAGUUCUCCACCGGGACCUGAAGCCUCAGAACCUCCUCAUCAACGAGAAGGGCGAGCUCAAGCUGGCUGAUUUCGGUCUGGCGAGGGCGAAAUCGGUCCCGACUAAAACGUACUCCAAUGAGGUGGUGACUCUUUGGUACCGACCUCCCGACGUCCUGCUGGGGUCCUCGGAGUAUUCGACACAGAUCGACAUGUGGGGCGUCGGCUGUAUAUUUUACGAGAUGGCUGCGGGUCGGCCGCUUUUCCCCGGCUCCACGGUGGAGGACGAGCUCCACCUCAUUUUCAGGUUACUCGGCACACCGACGGAGGAAAACUGGCCGGGAAUAUCCUCCAUCGAAGAGUUCAAAUCUUACAACUUCCCCAAAUAUAAACCUCAGCCGUUCAUCAACCACGCCCCCAGGCUGGAUGGCGACGGGAUCGAGCUGUUGCUGGCUUUCCUCAGAUACGAAUCCAAGAAGAGGAUCUCGGCUGAGGACGCGAUGAAACAUUCCUACUUCAGGCAUCUUGGGAUGAGAGUUCACACGUUGCAUGAGAGUGUGUCCAUCUUCACAUUGAAGGAGGUGCAGCUGCAGAGAGACCCCGGCUACAGGAACUCCUCGUACCCGGAGCCAGGCAACGGCAAAAUCAACCGCAGGCAGAGCAUGCUCUUCUAAAAAGGACGGGGGGGGGGGGGGGGGUACCUUCAUCAUUGCCCUCUCACCUGACCGAUCUCUCUCGCAUGAUACAGUGAACCCCGCCGCCCCCUUUCCCCCACCUCCCCCAACACACACGCAUUGACAUGCGCACCACCGGUCUUGAGUUAGGUUGACUUUUUCAAUUGGUGUCUUUAUUUAUUUCCAGACAUGAGAGGGUAGGGGUCGUUUGCUGCUAAAGUACUACUGUAUGUAUUUAACACACCCUGUGUAUGUGUGAGCGUGUGUGUGUGUGUGUGUGUGAUGUGAAGUUGAGCCUCCAAGCAUGGUUGCGAAAUCGUUAACGAUUGCUGUUCGACCCCCCCCGGGCGCAUCAGCUCCUCAUUUAUUUUGUUAGCAAAUUCCGCGGAUGGCGUCCAAGCUGUGAUUGAAGUUGUUGGGGACCACUUGCGACAUUUGUUUUAGAGAAUCGAGUUUGCAUUUGGUUGACUAAAACGGCGCGUUACAAGGUCGAAAUUUGGUGGGAGGACACUGAAAUACGGAAAAACAUUUUUUUUUCUCCUUUCUUUUUGGGAAGCGGUCGGAUCGAAUUUGAGCAAAAUUUGGAGCGUUGAGGCCACACUGAAAAAAAAAAAUCUGAAUUUGCAAUGACAAAAAUUUGCGCCUUUUGAAGGAAAAAAAGUGACAUGAAAAUGCCAGCACAAAUGAUAUGAAGAUAUGUGUUGUAAAAUUCAGAUUUUUUUGUUGUUGCAAAAUACGAUGACUUUAUUAUUGUAAAUUGCAACUUUAUCUCUUGUCUCUUGCAAAAUUUUCCACACAAUACUACAACUUGCAAUCUAUCGAUUUUUUUUUUCUCCUACUCUUGAAUUUACUCUCUGAAAAUUCCAACUUUUUUGGUCAAAAUAUUGCACCGUUAUUUUAUAUUUAACUUUUAUUCACACUACAUGACCACUUUCUUCUCUAUAAAUUGAAUGACGUUUUUCAAACUCUCAUUUUCUGACUUUAUGUGGCGAUCAUUUCUUCUUGUGACAUUCCAACUUUUUCCCACCCCUCAAGACAUUCUUGUAUGAUGACUUUUUUCUUUCCUCGUAAUGCUGUGACUCAGUUCUCUUAAAACGCCAGCGAUUGUGACGUCGUUCGUGUGCUGUACAAAUUUUGUCUCCUAACAGCGCAAAAACUUGACGACUUUCCUCAUUACAAUUCUUGCAACAUUCCAUCAUAUUUCCUCAUAAUGUUAUGACGGCAUACUUGAAAGAUGGUUUUUUUUCGCUUGGAAUAUUCCAUUUGUACAUUUUAACUAAAAAAAAAACACUUUUUUUCUUCAUAAUCAAAUCUUAUGUCUUCAAAUAUACUGACUGUUCUCACGCAUGUAUGCUUUUUUUUUUUUUAAUAUCUGUGAAUUAUUUUUUCAGUGUGACCCCAACACUCCUCGGUCCAAUUUUAGUAUUACCAAAAAAAAAAAAAAGGAAGAAGGAAAGAGGUCUUAACAAGCAGGAUUCUUGGAAGAAAGCAGUGGAGAGUGGCUUCAAGGAAGUUUUUUUUCCUUUCUUGCCAUCAUUGCAGUAACUUUGUGGUGAAUCUGCAAUAUAUAUAUAUAUAUAUAUAUAUAUAUAUAUAUAUAUAUUGACAGGCGUUGACUAAGUGUACCUAACAGUAUUAAGAUGUGUUCUCUACGUCUGUGACCUUUUCAUUUUUUGCGUGAACUUCCUUUCUCGGGGGCGCCUUGGCAUAGAUUUGGUUCCGGGAGCUUCUCCACACGCUCCCCGACCCGCUCUUGUGAUUUUCAGUUACAUUUUAUGUGGAAGUCUCACAAUUCUUGCACUCCCAAGCAGCAGAGUGUAAAAGAUAGAAUGGCCCCGGGCGGAAUGUAUGGAGGAGAUUCGAGUGUCUGUAAAAUGUCCGACAUACUGAUUCCCAGUACAUGAAAAGUGCAGUAACGACUACUACAACUUGUUGUUUGCAGCUAAUGGUGUCCUAAUCCCGUAAGCACACUGUAUUUGUCUUUUAACAGGUUAGAUGCAAAUAUAUGACAGCUUGUUUGUCAUGGGCAAAAGUAAAAACCUAUUUUUUCUACAAAUACCUUGUCAUUCUGAUGUCAUCUUUUUAGCCAGUGGGAUACUGUUACGAUUAACUGCAAACUCCGGUGUCCGUAUAUUUUGAAAUGAAUCGCAGUCACGUGCAUGACAGGAAAAGUUCUUAACUCAGCUUUAUUUAUCAUUGUACAACCUUUUUAAAAAAAAGUGUGAAUGUCCUCACUUUGGGGGCACGUGCGAGAGCGUUUGUGUGUAUUAUGUGUGUACAACAACAAUGUGCGCCUGCUGCAUGCAAGGCCUGCUGUGCGGCGAGUGUGUGUGUGAGACUCUUUCUACUGGAAUUAUUUAUUUCUCAUAACCAUCGCAAAGUAAAUGGAAUCUUUUUUCAUAUAACAAGUCUGAGUUUGUUCUCUCUGGAUGGCAUCGUAACUCGGAGACGGUUCGAAUAUUUUGACGGCUCUAUGGAUGAGAACGACUCGAAAUGAACAGGCCCGGAAAAAAUAUACAAAUGACCACAAGGGGUCGUCAGAAAUCAAAUGAUUGAUUUAAACAGGUUCUUCAGUACAUCCAUCUGUUUCGAUAUCGAGACAAACUCUUGAGAAAAACACUUUUAUUUCCUAUAAAAGAAUCAUUU